AUGCGUCCUGGAGGUAUGCUCCGUCUGCCGUGGCGGCUGGAGGGCCAUGGUGAGUGUAUUGUAGAGGGAGAGGUCGCUGCAACAGUUUUCGACACGGUACAGUCAGGCGUAGUGUUCCAUCAAGUAGACCAUGGCUACGGCAACUCGUUGGUGUCCCUCUCUGCAUCGAACCUGAGGGCGAUCGGCAAGGCCGACUUCGUGUCCCAGAUUUUCUAUGUUUUUAUGCUUCUUCUCUCAAAAGGCGCAAUUUUGUUCCUAUACCUACGCCUCUCGCCAAACCGCAGCCAUGCCUGGGCCUCGUGGGCGACCUUGGGUGUUUCGACAUUCUGGUUCAUCCUCUCCGUGAUCUUGAUAUCCGUGCAUUGCAAUCCCCUCAAUAUCUGGACCGAUGGCGCUUCUCAGUGCGGAAACAUGUUCAUCCGCUGGCAAGUCAUCGGCGCCAUAGACAUAACCACCGAACUCGCCAUCUUCUCCAUCUCCGUCUUCCUCGUCGCCAGACUAAACAUGCCCACCACGUCCAAACUCACUGUCAUCACGGCCUUCAGCGCGCGUCUGCCCGUGAUCGCUGCCGCCGCCGUUCGCCUAAACUACAUCCACGCCACCUUCCACUCCCCCAACCCCUCCCUUGUCGCCUCCUAUGCCUGCGUAACCACCCAAUGGCAUCUCGGCUACGCGAUCAUGGCCAGCACAAUCUCCGGCCUCGGGCCCUUCCUGCGCCCCUUCGCGAAGAGCUUCAGCACCCACUACCAAAUAGGCCCCGGCGGCGUCGGCCAGUUCGCAAGCUCGGCCUCGAACUCGCACGCCCACUCCCGCUCCCACGCGUCAUUUGCAAUGGCCUCUCUCUCCUCUAAAAAUGCGGAUGGCGGCGCGCGGCUGGGCAGCUGCUCCGACUCGCCCGUGUCUGCGCUAGGGGCGACGGGGAGCGGUCCCCCCCUCAAACUCCGCCCAGAACGUGUCACGCAGGAGGUGGAUAUCCGGCAUGUGGCAUCGGGUACGCUAGAGGGAGACGAGGAACGGGCGAGCUUACAGAGCAAUGAUAGCAGGCGAAUGAUUAUUACGAAGAAGAUCCAGUGGAGUGUUGAUCAUGAUGCUGCGAGUUUCAGGGAGUCAGGGGGGCAAUAA